CCCAAGAUUUCGGAUGACAUGAGCAAGGAAUUCCCCAAUGCGUCCUUCACCUUCAACGAGGCUCCGCUCCUUUCCCACCUAACCCUCGCGAGUAACGUCGCUACCCCCGCCGGAAACGUCGACUACCCGUACAUCGCAGCUACCGACGACUUCGGCCUCCUGCUGCUCUGCGGUUACACCUUUGUCGGGCUCACCUACUACAUCUGCGACCCGUAUUUCCGCGGGACGCUGGGCAUCCUCCCCCCUGACGGCGGCUUCAACUGCCGCCACUCCGUCGGCCUCAUCCGCCGUCGCCGCGGCAGUUGGUUCAUGGUGGCCCAGCUCAACACGGGGCUCUUCAGUACAGAGGGCCGCGUGACACUCUCCUGCACGAUUGACCUGUGCAGGUGGGUCAAGAAGGAGACCGACUGCAGCCACAUCAAGGUGAAAAAACGGUGCUGCUGGGAUGGCGUCCUCUCCCACGAGGGAUUCCUGUGGUGGUUCGACCUCUCUUGCUCUUCAUGUAUACUUGCCUGCAACCCCUUCAAGCAUAGACCGCCGGUUUACCAAAUCAUGUUCCCGCAAGUCGAUCACCCGCUGCUCUCAGAGUGGUUCCCAGUUCAAGGUGACAAAUACCGCUGCUUAAAGGUGAGCAAAGGCAGGCUACAGUACGUGCAGAUCCAUGGCGACCCCCCCGUGGUCAGCAUGUGGACGCUGUCCUCCAACAAUCCGCCAGACGCUGGCUGGGACCAUAAGCUCGACGUGCACUUGACUGAUAUCUGGAGCCACCACACGUACAAGUCUAGUAUGCUUCCGGACAUCGUCCCGACGGUGGCGCUCGUCCACCCGAUGAACGCCCACAAGGUCUACUUCUUCCUGGGCCAGCACAUCUUCUGUGUCAACCUCAAGACAAAGAGAGUGAGGCAGUGUCUCGAGUUGAAUAAUCAGGAACUGCCGGCACUCUCCUCCCCCAUGGUCCAUUCCUGGAAUUUGCCAGCAGGGGCCACAAAAAUCCAUUUCUCUGGGCCUGAUGAGUCUCGUGUCCCUGGGGCUCAUUUCCUGGCUCAGUAUGACUCGGUGGAUGGUUUUCUUGAGAAAGCAUUAGCUGUUCUGAGCAGGUCGUCUCUUGAAUAUUUUGCCAUGGGUCUGGAUGUUCUUGAAGAAGACGAAGAUCACUCUGUGACCAUGGAUGAAUCUGAUGACGGAGAUCUCCGAGAUAGAGUAACUUGAAGAGAACAGAAAUGACCGUGAGAUGACUCAGGAACUUGAAGAGGACUGAGAGGAGGUGAUUUAGAUCCAAGUUUGGCAGCUGUUGUUACUUAGGGCUGCUUUGCCUGCUAGCCAGUGACCACCAUCCAUCACAUAUCGACUUUCUUCACUUCACUUCUGUUUGCUCUUACUCUUUUAUACUCCUAGACCAGUGGCUUGGCUUUCUGGAAGUAGCAUUGUUGAUGUUAUAUAUACUAGUAAAUAUGCCCGUGCGUUGCAACGGGUAUAAAAUCUCAACCAUCAAAAUUAAAAGGA